AUGGCGACCGAGGGCGCUCCUCCCGCACCGAGCGUCAAGCCCAAGAUGCCUGGCUUUACGGACUCAUUCUGGUCCGCAGACUAUGCUGGAGGGCUGGGAGUGCUCUUUCAGAAGCUACAACAGGGCGUUGUGGAGAAUCAGCAGGUGCUCACCAUCGCGAGCAUGAGGGCCGACGCAGAGGAGAUGUACAGCGACCGACUGGGAGACAUUGCGCCGACCAUUGAUCGCAUGACUGGUGGCUUUGCAAGAGACGAUGGUGCCAGCACGAGAAAGGCUUACGAAGGCGUUCGAGGCGAGAUGGUCGAAGCAUCCAAAAACCACAGAAAAAUCUCCGACAAUAUUCGCGAACUCGUGGUCAACCCUUUCUCGAGAUGGUGCGAUGCCCAUGCCGCAAGAAUACAGAACUCGCAAGACGACCUGCAAGCGAAGAUCAAGGCACAUGAUCGGCAAGCAGAGGCAGUCAAGAAGCUGAGAAGCCACUACUUCAACAAAUGCAGAUUGGUCGAAGAUCUGGAGGAAGAGAACAAGAUGGCGUUUGCAGGGCCGCCAAAGGAAAGCCCCAAGCCGCAAAGUCCGCCGCCGCCGAAGAUCGUCCUCCCCGAGGAGGAGGUCGUGGAGCUACCGGUCGACAUCGGUGACCAGACAUAUCAACCUGAGCAGCUAAAAACCCUCAUUACGGACAUGCUCGAGAAAAUCCCCCUGGGCGAACACCGAGUCCCUAUAUUGGGUCUCUAUCAAAAUGUGUCGGCGGGCACGGAUAUCACAGACUACAUCCUAAAAGAAAUGAAGGCAUCAAGCGUAGGAUAUGCCGAGAAGAUUGGUCAAGAUCUGAUUGAUCGUGGAUUCUUGAGGCUUAUAGGUAACAUGGGCAACACAUUUGCCAACAGUUCGAGGAUGAAAUAUCAAUGGAAGCAACGAGCUUUCCAGGUAUCAGGCGUGCCCGACAGGAGGAAACCGUUAAGCAGGUCAGUUACGGGAGGGUCAGCAGAUGGAAUCUUGGACUCUCCGACUGUCGGCAACAUCACCGAGACCCUUUCCAGCUGGAAUCCGUUGAACAACCCACAUCCGAACGAGACACCGGCCGACCGACUGAAACGAGAAGCUCGAGAAGCAGACGAAAAAUACAAGGCCGGCGUUCAGAGACUCGACCUGCUUCGGUGCAAUUUGGAGGAGUCGAUGAUGGAUCACCUCAAGUUUCUUGAACGAUGCGAAACAGACCGAUUGAAAGCGAUCAAGUCGGUGAUCCUCGAUUUCUCGGGCGCCAUCUCUAACAGCAUCCCAUCCUUCCAGAGUCAGGUCGAUCACAUGAUGUUGUAUCAGGAGACCAUCCAACCACUCGGCGAUCUGCGGUAUCUGCUGGAAAACUAUCGGACCGGGGCAUUUGUGCCCAAGGUCACACCGUAUGAGAACUACUACGGCAGUGUCGACGAUCAGGUUUUCGGCGUCGACCUGGAAGCACGCGCGAGGGCAGACCGCAAGAGGGUGCCUGUGGUUGUCACUUCGAUACUGACGUUCCUUGACAAUCACUAUCCCGAUCUGGAGGGCGACGAAGCAAGACGGAAUAUAUGGCUGGUCGAUGUUCCUCUCGCUGCUACACACCAUCUGAGAAACCAGAUCAACCACGGUAAUGCAGCGCCUAGAGAGGUCCUGGAGAAGUAUGAGAUGCCCAUCGUGGCAAGCGUGUUGAAGCUAUAUCUGCUCGAGUUACCUGCAGAUUCGCUCGUCUCUUCACAGGUCUACGAAAUCAUCAAGACCAUCUACGCAACAACCCAGGAUGCGGCGCCCAACCCUAUCUCAUCAGAGUCAGUAGAUGCCACUCCCCGAAUAAAGGUACUACAAUCCACCCUCGGUCAGCUUCGCCUGAACAACAUUGCCACUCUGGACGCCAUAACCACUCACUUUACUCGUCUCAUCGACCUUACCUCCGCGGACGAGGCGUACAUCUCAGCCCUAGCCAAUGUCCUUGCACCAUGUAUCCUCCGACCACGAACAGAAAGCUCCCUAACCCUAGAAGAACGGUUCGCGUACCGUCUAAUCCGCGACCUUUUCGACCACAAGGAAGCCAUCUUCGGUGAGUUGAAACGUCAGUCAUCCACUCUAUCCGGAUCGAAUAGCCUGUCUAACCGACAACGCGCUGUCUCUACCGCGGACGAGAGUUCUCGCAGGGCGAAUAUGGAGGCCCGAGCACGGGCGAUCACCGAGCAGAGGGAACAGAGACAACGGGACAAAUCCCCCGGGCCAGCAAACCGGCACAGGAGGGAAAAGAGUACCGAGGGGUCAAUGGGACGGUUCCCCGUCGUUGCGAGUCCCCGGCCGGAUGGCGGUCAUGGCCGCAACGUGAGUAACGUUGGGUUACCCAACACUGCGAAUCGAGGAAGUCUCGAAGUUCCCGGAAGCAACGAGUCCAGUCCCGUCCAACCGAGACAUCAGAGUGCUGUCGACAGAAACGCAGCGGCCAGAGAAGCCAACGCCUCGGCGUCGGCCAACAUAACGACAAACGGUCACUAUCAUCAGGUCUCUUCGCCUGAUUCGGUGUCAAGUCCCGGAGCGAACCUCCCUGGCACAUUCAGUGGCGGUGGCCCGGGUCCACACAUUCCACCACCAUUGGACGAUGAUGACCAUUCUCAGGAAUCAGACAAUUCUCCAACAAGCGCCGCCGCGCCGGCCGUGUCGAGUAGUGAGUCGAGGCCCGGCAGUCUCCGAAGAACGGCGGCAACCAGCGACCGCAAGCCCGUAGGCAUGUCGAGAGCAAGCGCCGUUAGUGGCAGUCUGAGCCGCAGACUUGCGAAUCUGAGUGACGGGGCUUCGAGUCAUCCUUCGGCUGGAGGGAACUACGGUGUGCAAUUGACCGACAAGGCAAUGGAUGAUUUCUCAUGA